GAUUUAUAUAUAUAUCUCGCCCUGCUCGGGUCGUGCUCAAUAAAGCGCAACUAGCCUUAAGAUCACGGAAAACUCGGAACCUUGGCGUAAAGUAAUGGCGCAUCAACGAGUUGUUGCUGCUUAAAAGAAGGCGAACGCGUCUAAUUUCGAAAUUCUGUAGACAUCAAAAGCUUUCGAAUCUACGAAUCUACGAAUCUUCAUAGUACCGCAAAUCUCAGCUUGGUAGGAUGCAAGUUUUAGUUCUUGGAUUGCCUCGGACGGGUACACAAUCCCUCGCUGAUGGAUUGGCAAUACUUGGCAUCUCGCCGAUCUACCACAUGCGAGAAGUAGGAAAGAAUAACCAUGCGGAUCUCUGGACAGCCCUCAUGUAUCAAAAGUUCGAUAAAGAUGGUUCUUCACAGCGCCAGGGAGAUCUUGUCACAAUCCUGUCAAAUUACAAAUGCGUUGCCGACUACCCCGCUGCCAUAUUUGUUGACGAACUGCUCGCAGCUUAUCCUGAAGCUGCCGUCAUUUUGACAGUGCGAUCGGAAGACUCAUGGGCAAAGAGCAUGAAGCAAACUAUUGUGCACUAUCUUAAUCAUCGGGUGAUUGACGAAAAGACUCCAAUGGCGGUCAUGUCUAGAACCUACAGCAAGUUCUGUUGGGAUGACGACUUUGAGAAGAAUGGCCUGGCUCUAUUUCGACAACACAAUGAGCAGGUGAGAUUGGCAGCCACGGAGAGAAAGUUCCUAGAGUACACAGUGGGUGAUGGUUGGGAGCCAUUAUGUGCUUUCCUAGAGACGCCUGUCCCUGAGAAUAUACCUUUUCCGAAAAAGGAUGAUUGGUUAGGAUACAAGAAACAGAUACACAAGUAAGAGAUGUUGUUUACCGCUGAAUUGACGGAUACCACCAAAGAGAGCGCCAACAUAUAGCGACCAAAUAUUGCCGAGGGCUUUCUGACUAAAAAUCGGCAAUAUCCUGAAGUAGGUAGUGGAAGGAAUGCUAUUUGCCUCGUAGCGUCAAAGGGUUGUGCCGCUUUGCCGGUCAAAGCGCAGAGUCGAAAGAUUUAUCGCAUAAGC